GGCGGGGCCAAGGCCAGGGCCUGACUAAACCUGGAGACUCCGCUGGCUGAGGGGGCUUCAUCUCAGCUGAGGACCGAAGAGCCGCUGGCGGCCGCGGAUCUUACAGCCGCUCGGGGUUUUUAGAACUUCAACUAUAAAAAUGGGCAGGAUUUUCCUUGAUCAUAUUGGUGGUACCCGUCUGUUUUCCUGUGCAAACUGCGAUACGAUCCUGACCAACCGCUCAGAACUCAUCUCCACUCGAUUCACAGGCGCCACUGGCAGAGCAUUUCUUUUUAACAAGGUAGUUAACCUGCAGUACAGUGAAGUUCAAGACCGGGUCAUGCUCACUGGCCGCCACAUGGUUCGAGAUGUGAGCUGCAAAAACUGCAAUAGCAAACUGGGAUGGAUCUAUGAGUUUGCCACUGAAGACAGCCAGCGUUAUAAGGAAGGCCGUGUGAUCCUAGAACGUGCGCUAGUUCGAGAAAGUGAGGGCUUUGAGGAGCAUGUACCAUCUGAUAACUCUUGAAGAAAAAGAGAUAAAUCCAUCUUUUUCCCAGGUCUUCUUCACUGAAAACAAAAAUCUACUUACAUACACUGUCACCUUAGCAUCAGAGUCGGAUUCAUGAACUGUGGAACAAGAGGUUGUGAGAAUCUAUGAUGGAACCUUUCUUUCCUUCUUUCUUUUUUUUUUUUUUUUUAAUUUUCUAUUUUCCAUCCAACAGCAGUGUGUAGAGAGAAUAUUAUGCGGAUGCCGUUAAUUUUUUUUUCCCCUAUGUUUACAUCUUGAGGCAGAAUAGUCUAUCUGCAGCUACAUGGUGGGCUAUGUGAGGAAAAAUAUCUGGGCUAUUAGAGUGAAAAAGUGUUUUAUGUAAAUUUUGAAAGGAAAAUGUGUCAAGAGCAUGGUUCUUAAAUUUAUUUGGGCUUCAUUUUAAAACUUUUUUUUAAACCCAGUUAUUUCACUUGAUUUGCUAGCUUCAGAGAAGAGAUCCGAAUUUGUGACCAGCGCUAAAGGUUCAGUGUUAGUAUGGCUUGUGCUGGCCAUUGUGCCAUAUUCUUGUUGGAGAUGAACCGUAGCAUCAGAGCCCAUUCUUCCUUGUCAGUCUUGACCCAAAGAUGUCACCAUUCCUAGUUACUUGUCACCACAUAAUUGGUGUUGAUUGGAAACUUUUCCUGAUAUGGGGCAGAACUGCUUGGUUGUCUUUUCCAUGUAACUUAAGCAUAGUAAUAUAAAUAAAGUAAUAGUUGGAUGUUUUUGGUCCUGUGUUGCUUUUAAAAUCACCUUUUAAAAGAGCAGAGUAUUUGAUAAGUAAUUUUCAUAGUAGUGUUUCUUUUCAUCUCUUAAGCUCAAUUGU